AAUAAAGUUUCUCCUCUGAGGAGGGAAGGAGAAGAGAGAGAGAGAGAAGGGGGAGAAAAAGAGCUCCAGCGCCGAGAGGAAAAGAGGGCGGGACCGCGCCGGGGAGCGGCUGGUCCGGCUUCGUAGGGCGCUCUGCGUUCAGGGGGCUCUCGCAGGAAUUUCCGCGGAUUUGAUGUAAUGUCCAAAUUCAGAAAUGCCUUAUGUGGAUCGCCAAAAUCGUAUUUGUGGUUUUCUAGACAUUGAAGAAAAUGAAAAUAGUGGAAAGUUUUUGCGGAGAUACUUCAUAUUGGACACAAGAGAAGAUAAUUUGGUAUGGUACAUGGAUAAUCCACAGAACCUUCCCUCUGGAUCUCCGCCAGUUGGAGCCAUUAAACUUACCUACAUUUCAAAGGUUAGUGAUGCAACUAAACUGAGGCCAAAGGCAGAAUUCUGCUUUGUCAUGAAUGCAGGGAUGAGGAAAUACUUCCUACAAGCCAAUGAUCAGCAAGACUUAGUUGAAUGGGUGAAUGUCCUGAACAAAGCUACCAAAAUCACAGUACCAAAGCAAACUGAUUCACAGUCUCACACUGAUAAUUCAACACGUCACACUGAAAAUGUGGGGUUAAAGAAGCAGAUGUCUUACAGGACAGAGAUUGUUGGUGGUGUUCCUAUAAUAACCCCUACUCAGAAAGAAGAGGUAAAUGAAUGUGGUGAAGGUGAUAAAAACUACUUGAAACGGUCCCAAAGCCACCUUCCAUAUUUUUCUGCUAAGCACCCCCCAGAUAAUGCUGUGAUUAAAGCUGGCUACUGUGUUAAACAAGGAGCAGUGAUGAAGAACUGGAAAAGAAGGUAUUUCCAGCUGGAUGAAAACACGAUAGGAUACUUUAAAUCUGAACUGGAUAAGGAGCCCCUUCGGAUUAUACCACUGAAAGAGGUCCAUAAGGUCCAGGAAUGUAAACAAAGUGAUAUAAUGAUGAGAGACAAUCUAUUUGAAAUUGUAACAACUUCUCGAACGUUUUAUGUACAGGCAGAUAGCCCAGAAGACAUGCACAGCUGGAUUAAAGCAAUUUCUGGUGCAAUAGUAGCACAGCGAGGACCUGGAAGAUCAGCAGCUUCUAUGCGGCAGGCCAGAAGGCUGUCGAAUCCUUGUAUACAGAGGUAUACACCAAGAACUGGUGAAUGCAGCAUGAACAUUCCAACUGUUCUUCAGAAUCCACCUGUCCUGCAAAAACAGCAGCAGCCACCUCACAUUCCACAACCACUCACAACCCCCCUUUGGUCCAAACCCUUAACACCAAGCCCCUUGUCUUGGAGAAGCGAAGACUUCACGAAUCUUUUACCAAGACCAAGCCAGGGAGCUUCAAGAUCCAGGCUGUCCCUUCAAGAGACCCAGCUUCCAAAGUGACUCUACAGGGCCUAAUGGAACCUCAAAAUAAAAAUGGCACUCAGGAACAGGAUCCUGGCCCAGUGGAUCUGGAUGAUGCAAGCCUUCCAGUCAGUGAUGUGUAAUAAUGGGAAGAGUUUGGAGAGUGAUGCAUUUGCUUUUGGUCCUUGAAUUUCCUUGCUCAGACUUUUAGCCAAAGAUGACUAUGGGAUGAAAGAACAAAGAAUGGAAUGUUGCUUAUAUGUGUGUGCUUACAUUCAAAUUUGUGUAUGUUUAAAUUGUCAUAUGCUGCCUUGUACUGAUUAUCAGAGCGGACCUUUUGCUUCUACUGCACUCUGAUGAUAAAUCUUUUUAAAGUGAGGGGCCAAAACAAAUGAUUAAAUAUUACUGUUGUCAAUAAGCAAGAUACCAGCUGCUUUUCAUCACCCAUAUGGCAAAACUGAGUAGUAUCUUUGUGCUUUAAUAAAAGAAAUGUCAACAUGUGACUUACUUAUACUCUAAUUCAGGCUAUUGACAAGCAAGUUGACUUACUUUCUUAAAACACUGGCACAGCCUUUCAGAUAUUUUAAUAUAUGUAUGCAGAGUUGUUUCUUAUAGAUUCAACACUGCAGAACCUUACAGAAACAAGCAGAGCUUGAUAUAAUGUACUUUUCCUAUACACAGAGUCUUCAUGUAAAAAACAACACUAUAAUACUGCAGUGUCUGAAAUGAAGUGUAUUUUCCCUACCAUGAUUAUACAGAUUUGGCAGCUGCUGCAUGAUCUGCAUUCUUAUGGCACAAAUACCACCUGCACUGUAUUUUAGACAUUGCAUACACGUGUGUUAACUUACGUGAAAUGACUGUCUCUAUGUGUGAGAAAAGCAUUCCUAAAGGCGAGGGGCACAGAGCACUUACACUGAUAAAAGUGUGGUGACUUUAUUGGAACAACUUCUUUGUAACUGCUCUGUGAAUCACUGCCCUUCUAUAGAAUUCAAUCCCCUCAGAAUUCCUGGUAUUUGGUGCUGUGAAACUAAUUAAAGAGUAAUACAGCUAUUUUGAAUAUUAAGCCUAUUUUUAUGCACUCCUAAAGGUAAAUUGUAAUUUUUGCACAUUUGGAUAUUAAUGGACCACCAAUAAAUAAGGGUGUCAUGGGGUUUUUUAAGGAGGGAGAAGGGAAACUGGACUACUAAAUAAAUCUUUUACAGGUUUAACUAAAAGUAUUUUAUAUUAAGCUUCGCAGAAAUUAAAAGUUUAAAACUAUUGUCUUAAGAUUUUCCUCCUCCUGUAUGCUCCUUUCCCCCCAGUGUGGUAUUAAAUGGUUCCCAUUUUAUAUUUGGGUUAGUAAAGUCUAAACAAACUUGUUUCAUGCUGUUAACUGGUACUGAGUUGUUAAAUCAUGCAAUUGUGGCCUGUAACUUUUGGUGCACUAAAUUUAUUAAAAGUGCCUGUGGGUUCUUCUUUCA